AAGGGGGACGGCGGGCGGUGCCACUCGUAAACUGGCCACCGCCCGUGGCUGGGCUCCAUAGUUAUUUUCUUGUGUAGUAGCAUCGCUGUCUUUUUGUCUCUCAACGCCCGCCUCAACGCAUGUAACCUCGCCUGUUCCCCUUCCAGCUGCGAUCGCCGCCGACCGGGUCAGUAGCUCUCUUGGCCGUUGGGCCUCGACAACGGCCGCACCGCCGUACGUGAGAUGGACCGUUCAAGGGGGAGGGAAAAGAAAACACUGAAAUCCUCCGAUGAAAUGUGUGCGCCAAACGGCCUAGCUGGAGAGCCCAUACCACAAAAAACCCGGCUACAUGGCUAUAAGAUAAGCGAGUAUAAGGCGUGUUGUGUAGUCCCAACGUCAGGACCGCACCGCCCGCACCGCCCGCACGGCACCACCGCCACUCCUCGCAUAUCGCCAGCGGGGGGCAGUGCAGUAAAACAAAUGGGUAUGAAAACGCGAGGUAAAGAAAGUGCCCGUGGCUGCCUGCCUGCUGUGGGCGUUGCUCUUACCGUUGCGGGCGCUCGGGAGCACCUAGCCACCCUACAACCACGUAGCCAACCCGCCCCAUAUAACGCUCCGCGGCCCACACCGUCCCCGUUUCACCAAGGCAGCCCCCCAAGCGGACACUGCUUUGGGCCGGGCCUGCAUGUGCAAAAUGCCCAAGACUCAUCGAUCCAUGCGUUACGGGCGUGUGAUCUGAAAGAUAACCAGGAAGAAUGCGAAAAAAAGAGACAAAAAAAAAAAAAAAAAAAAAAAAAAGAAAAAAAAAAUCUUUUCGAUUUUCUGCGACGGCCAGUGUCUUGUAUGUAGUAGUGCGAGAAAAAGGAAACGCUCGGGUAUAAUUCUCUUAGUCUAAGCUUCGCUCGUUCCCCUCCAACCGGUUGCGUGAUGCUAAGCGACCUGACG